GGAGUCGCAGGACGACGCAAUUAUCUGCAAUACGUAGUCGCGUGGUAUUAUUUGCGGCGUAAACUGUGUCACAUUCCUGCAGGACUCAUAGGGCCCGAUCUACCACAGGAUUUGAAUGCGCUGUGACUUUGAUUUCAGUAGAUGCUUAGUAUUUUAGUGAUAUUUGCAAUGGUCAAAGUGUGGUUUCAACUUCAGCGAUAUUCUCACACGCAAUAGAAUUUUCCGCUCAACUUUCGGCGUUUUCAAUAAACAACGGUUAGCUAUUGGAAUGUGAAUGCAACUAAUGAAAGUCGCAAAUAAAUGUGCGCUACCUCAUGCUAAUAUAAAUAAGAUUUAAGUUUGGGGCGACAAAAAAGGUACAAAAAUAGUCUUCAUUGUGUUGUGGAUUUGGCCCUCCGAUUAAGGGGAUACUAUGAAUUCAGGCGUGUGUUGUGUACUUUUAUCAAAUAGUGAAACCGAUCAAUUAGUACCGAGUGCGGGAGAUCUUUGGAACCUUCAGCCGGAAUCUUGGAACGUACAGCCGGAGAAUCGAGCGCAAAACUCCUUGGAAACGUUCCAGUUGCUCAUGCAGACCAGCGACCUGGACACUUUUUUCUGCAAGCAAGAAUGGGAGCGGCGACUCGAAGAAGAACUGGACAAGCCGCGCAGAGACUCCGCAUCGCAGAUCGACGACUUCUUCGAGCCCGUGGGCCCUCAACGCGGUGUACAACAGAGCAUGAGUUAUGUCUCUAUGCGAACACUGCCUGGCACAGAUGAUGAUGUCUUCCUCAGGCCGCCUUUAUGGGAAGACAUUGCCAGUAGCAUACAAAAUAUCGAUCCGGAAAAUGCAAACAUGCUGGUUGGUCCGGGCCACGUCAAAAUGGAAACUGUCGACGAACUUUCCGUGAAUUGCCAGCCCACACCCUCACCACUGUUGUCGCCUUUGGAAAUCAAAACCGAAAAGGUACUACAGCCCCCUUCAGCUCCAACGCUUCACCUCAUGGGUACCCCAAACAGCCCUUACAAUCAACACCAACCAAACAGCCCACAGGGACCUCAGGGACAUCAACCUCAUUAUCACCAGCCGCAGCCGCAAACGCCCAUGCAUCACGUGCAGCACAACAAUAACCAGUACAAAUACAACAACAACAACAACAUUGUAGCACCAGGACCAGCGCCAGGUAACGCUCUCUACCCAAUGUCUCGGUUAAUGUACGUUUCUCCAUUGACGCCGCCGAGUUCUGAACCAGGCUCACCCGGAAGCGCUCUGCCCCGACGAACUCCUCCACCUCCUUAUCAUGGUCCAGGAUGUCCGCCCCAGCAGCACCCACCUCCACCUGCCAGCACAGUUCCUCGACUGUCCGUCGGAAUGAAGCCCUACAAUAGAAGGAAUAAUCCCGAACUGGAAAAGCGACGGAUACAUCGAUGUGAUUAUAUAGGUUGUUCAAAGGUGUAUACAAAAAGCUCACACCUCAAAGCACAUCAAAGGAUACACACAGGAGAAAAACCAUAUCAGUGCCAAUGGCCAGAAUGCGAGUGGAGAUUUGCGCGUUCGGACGAGUUAACGCGACAUUAUCGUAAGCAUACGGGAGCCAAACCGUUCAAAUGUGGCGUUUGUGAACGAUCCUUUGCCAGAUCGGACCAUUUAGCGCUACAUAUGAAACGCCAUUUGCCGAAAACAGCUAAAUAAGUCCAUCGCUUAUUAUUAGCUUUAGAUAGCUUUCGAAAGAUUUAAUAUAUUUGUCCAUUUGUUGUCAUAUUUAACGUUCGUCUGCUGCUGUAUAAAGAUUUGAGCAACUGCUAGAACUUGAACAGUUUGGAGACAAUAAUGGAAAAUUAUCACAAGAGAAUAAGGGAAUGUAUUAUAUCAUACAUACAUGAAACAGUAUCAUUCUGUUGCUCAAAGCUUUAGUCAGAUAAUAGUUUUUCCGAUAGCGGAAAGAUCUCAAAUGGUGACAUAAACUUAGAUAAAAAUUGUAACAUAUCCCAGAGCAAUCGUUUUAUUGCCUUCUCUCAACUACGAGGCCUUUUUCAGUGUACUUAUGUAAAAUAUAACAAAGUGUAAUAGGAUUUCUAUAUAUUUAUUGCUUGCAAAAGAUUACAGAAUUAUACAACUCUAUAAUUAUUAUAUUUAUGUAUCUGUAGGAAUAUUUUGUUGGCAAAUUUAUGAAACACACGUCUGUGUAACGAGUAAUAAUUAUAAUUACUAGUGAUCAUUCCUUAGUAUUGUAUUUGAUAUUUUGGGUAUUGUAAUGUGAUUUUUCGAUAUGCAUUCCAACGUUUCCUCAAUUUUAACUGAACUCUGGCUAUAUUUUGAGCAUGACUUUUUACAAAGAUUAACGAGCGAAAUUUUCAGAGAGGAAGACACUAAAUUUUUUUGGGCCCCAAUGUUCUAUUUAGAUACGCUAUUUGCCUGAAUUAGUUUUUUUGCAUAUGAAACCACAUAAAUCCAACUUCAGCAUAAAUUUCAUAUUAAAACAGAUUUACGUCUGAAAAGACUUCCACGUUGCGUAAAUGAUUUUCUUUAUUGCCCAACCAUAGCCAGAGAAAACCACAAAUUUUUUGCUUUAGUUAUCAAUUUGAAAUUUUUUAAAACAUCAUUUGUUGCUUUAUUUAUAAAAAGUAUAAUUUUGGUUGUGAAAUAUUUGUUAUAUAAUUUAUAUUAAAACUAGAUUUUAGAUUAUUCAGUAGACAUAAGGAAUUGCACAUAUAAGUACCGCUUAAUAUUAACAUAGCGUUUCAAAAUUAUAUUUGCUGUUAUGCAGAACAAAUGAUCUUUUAGUCAAAAAAUCAAAUUGUCUGGAACGCCAUACUUGUAAAUUUUACUCUAUUUUAAUUCUAGAAUGCCAUUUUUUGUCUUGUAUUUACCCCAAACUUGUGAUUUUUAAGAAUAACAGAGUUGUAGGCUGAUCGAAAAAAUAUGUUAAUAAUCAUUUCAUACCCAGCUAAGUAUAGAAAUUUAUAGUUAUUGCCAUAUAGAAACAUGCCUUAAAAAGACUAUAAAUAUAUUUUGUAUUUAAAAUGUAAUUUUCAAAUCAGAAAUUGCUUAUCAAUGUUCCGUCCUUUAGGACUAAUUAUUAAGUUAAGUAAGUUAGUGAUUGAGGACAGUCUAAAUUCUGAUAUUCUCUACAGUUUAUAAUAAUUAAUUCGUAUACAAUAUUCAGUAUAUGAAAAGUUACCAAAUAUGUACACUGAAUGUUAACUUGUACAUAACAAACCAAUAACUGACUAGAACCUAGUCACAUAGGAUCAUAUGAUUUCUGUACAUUUUAAGUUAUGUCAAAACGUUUUAAACUGCUGCUAUAAGAAUGCCUUACUUAGUGUACUUAUGUAUUAAAAAUACAAUUUUUUGUUAGAACGCAAACAUACACAUCUUUUAAUAACAACAAUACUUGUAUUUAUUAUAGAUAGAGCGAGUUAGAGUACACACAUAAAGAUGUAGUUGGACAUUUGUUUUUCUUUUUUAAUUUUGUAUUUUAUCUUUAAUACAAUUUUAUUUUUAACUUGCA